UUAAUCGAUUCCCACCUUUGUUCUCCGCACUCUUUUCUGGCCGUGUCCCUGCGUCGAUCUCUAUCCGAUCGCAUAAAACUUCAGAUCCCCCUCGACGUCCUGGCCCGGGUCGCCCGCGUCCUGUUCUCGCGUCGAUGCAUCCGUGAACCACCAGCAAGGACGACGAGGACGCCGACGACGACGACGACAACGACCACGACCGCAGAGCGGUAUCAUGGCGACAAUUGCCUUGUCCAGACCUGUUACUACCCAUCGGUCCACGUCCCUGUCUGCGACCAUUGCCCUCGACAGCCACCCUUCGCAAUGUCCGCCCCCCGUGCCCAACAAGCACAUUCCCGUGUGCCCCCCCGGCCCCAUCCCGCAGCAGGAGCCCACCACGCCGCCGCCAUCCCCGGGCUCCCAGGAGGAUCAGGUGAACCGGUCGCUGCUGUACCCCCCGGACAAGUACCCUCGCGUCGAGAUGGGCCGGCUUUCCAUCUACGAGCUUGAUACCGACGACGUCGCCGCCGCCCUCGACCACGUCGCCCGUCAACCGCUCCCGGACGCCUCCCAGGUCUUCCCUUGGCUUCACGGCCUCCACCCGUCCAACACGGUCCAGCAGACCUUCUUCAUGGCCCGGAAGCGCGCCCUGCGGAGGACGCCCCCCUGCCUGCGCGGCAUCACUGUCGUCAAGGCCAACGGGGAGCUCACCGUCUCGCGGCUAAAGGGCGCCAUCGCCCCGCACGAGUUCCUGCGCACCGGGGGCGCCUCGGCCGAGUUCCUCGACGUCGAUCCCACGGAGGGAUUCUCGGUCCGCAACUUCCACAUCCAGGCGGCCAAGGCGGCCAUGACCUCGGACAUCAUAGUCUACGGCGACGACGACGCCGCCGUGCGGAAGCUGGCCUGGGACGUCGCCGCCGCGCAGCAGCAGUGGCGCGAGAGGCACGAGGCCAUGCGGCACCCCUUGCCCCACUACAACACCUUCGUCUGCGUCAGCCCCUUUGACGAGUUCGAGGAGAAGCACCCCGAGAUCGUGUCGGUCAGCUCGGACGGGCUCCUCACCGGAAACGUGCUCGAUUUCUUCCACCAAGAGAGGCUCGACAUGUACGACAUGACGCAGGCGUCCGAGAUCUCGCCCAACGUCUGGCUGGGCCCGACCCCCGACUCGAGCUCGGAAGAUGAGCAGGCCUACGACAUCCUGAUCGACUGCAACGACCUCGGCCGGCUGAACCCGGCCGCCCUGCAGGCCAUCGCGGACGCACCCGACGACGAGACCAAGCAGUACCACCUCGACUUCCCCUCCUCCGGUAGCAUCAUCGCGCCGAGCUGGUCGAACGCAGAAGCAGACGGUAUCCUCGAAACCUGCAAGUGGCUCUAUCACCUCGCCCACGGCACGCGCCCUUCGCCUCCAGCCACCACCACCCCCUCCUCACCACAACCCCAAUCUGCCGCCGACGCCGACGGCGACAUCCCAAUGGUCUCGACCACCGCGGCCUCACCAUCGCCAUUAUCAUCAUCAUCACCCGCACCAGCACCACCACAACCCACGGCACGACCCCGCAGGAUCCUCUUACACUGCAACGACGGCUACACCGAGACCACGCUCCUCGCUGUCGCCUACCACAGCUUCGCCACUGGCCAGCCGGUACCCCUCGCCUGGCUGGACCUGCACGCCUCCAAACACCGGAACCUCUUUGCCUAUCCGUCAGACGUUAGCCUGCUCAGCGCCAUCGCCCCUCGUCUGCUGGCCGAGUCGCCCUCGUUCUCAGGAACAGCAGCAGCAGGAGAAGGUGGUCGGGGAGGAGGACGGGGACGAGGACGAGGAAGAAAAGGAGCAGGGACCACGCGGUCACAGGCCCCAUCCGCCGAGCAGCUUGCCGACAUUCUGCGCGAGCAGGAACCGCGCUGGUUUGCCGGCUUCGACGGCUCGUUCCCCAGCCGCGUGCUGCCGUACAUGUACCUAGGCAACCUGGGGCACGCCAACAACCCGGACCUGCUGCGGGCCCUGGGCAUCGGUCAAAUUUUGAGUGUCGGCGAGACGGCCAUGUGGCGGGACGGCGAGCUCGAGGCAUGGGGUGAAGACAACAUCUGUCUUGUCAAGGGCGUACAGGACAACGGGAUCGAUCCCCUGACUGACGAGUUUGCACGGUGUCUGGAGUUUGUCGACCGUGGCCGGCGCAACGGGACCGCGACCCUCGUGCACUGCCGCGUCGGCGUCUCGCGCAGCGCCACCAUUUGUAUUGCCGAGGUCAUGCGCAGCCUGGGCAUGUCGUUCCCCCGCGCCUACUGCUUCGUGCGCGCCCGCCGCCUCAACGUCAUCAUCCAGCCGCACCUGCGCUUCGCCUACGAGCUGCUCAAGUGGGAGGAGCAUCUCUUCUCGACCGGCCACGGUUCCGGCGGUUCCGGCCACAAGAGGGAGCUCGAGUGGGCCGAGAUUGCGCGCGAGGUGGCGCUCAUGAACAAGCCUUACGCUCGAUGAGUGCCCUACUUUUCUCUUUUUUCUACUCUCUUUCUUUUUUUGGAUUAUUUUCCCAUUUCAUUUUUUUAUAUAUUUUUUGGCGCUAUUUAGGACUAGAGUGAAGAGAGGGUUCGCUCUCCUGGCUGUCCUGGCGGGGAAGAAACGCGCAGUUCCAGCUCUCUCCUGGAGGGAGACGGGGCGGCUUCUUCUUCAAUCACCUCAGGCCUC